AUGCGCUGGAAGAGCUCGACAACCUGGGAGAUGAACCGUAUUAUGAAAAAGCUCUGCACUGAGAUCGCUAGAGGUGACAUCUAUCCCUGCAUGAUUUGCACAGUCGAGAUGGACUUUACGUGCCACAUGUACGCAUGUCCUGAAUGCUAUCGUGUCUUUGACUAUGAAUGUAUACGAGAAUGGGCCGUCAAGUCCACUCAAAAAAGUAUCAGCAACACAUGGAAGUGUCCAAAUUGCUACUUUGAAAAACGAGAGGUACCAUUAAAGAAUCGACAAACAUGCUGGUGCGGUAAAACCGUUCAUCCAGAGGCUAAUCCGCUAGAUCCCAACAGUUGCGGUCAAACUUGCGAUGCCCCGAUCUGUGUUCAUGGUUGUUCUAGAACCUGCCAUCUAGGACCCCAUCCGACUUGUAUGCGGAUGGUCGAGAGUAAGUGUUUAUGUGGGAAGCAAUCAAAAGAAGUUUUCUGUUCCGAGGCUUCCGAGCAUAGAGAAUCGUUUCGCUGUAAGGAACGUUGUGGUCUUUUGCUACCGUGUGGCAUUCACGAAUGUCAACAAGAGUGUCAUGCAGGGCUAUGCGGAGAGUGUCCGGAAAAUAUAGAUAACGAAGUCAAAUGCUAUUGCGGAUCGAGUUUGAAGAAUUCGAUAUUUUGCAAGGACGUUGUCAUUCAGGGCCGGUCCCAAGACGAAUCUCAGCAGAAAUGGAUAGGCGCCUUUCCCUGUGAAACAAUGCGUACAGUUGAAUACUCGUGCGGACAGCACUCAUUCACCGAGUCCUGUAUAGCACCUCCGACGCUGAAUAACAAAGUUGCAUGCCCAUUCUCGCCCAAAUUCCUGAAAACCUGCCCGUGUGGUAGAAAUCCACUUGGCGAAAUGAACACCACUCGCCUGAAUUGCACUGAUCCUAUCCCAACGUGUGACUCUGUUUGCGGAAAACGUCUGAAAUGUGGGAAACACUACUGCCCAUUUCAAUGUCACACAGGUGCCUGUAUGCAGGACUGCGUAUGUCUUGAUAAGGUAAAUUGUUCUUGCCAUGCUAAAAGUUUCCUGGUGCCUUGCAAGUUUAACGAGCGCGCUAAGUGCGGUACUAAAUGCGAAUCUUUGAUGUCAUGCCGCCGCCAUCGAUGCAUAGAGAGGUGUUGCGAAGGUAGAAGUCUCGCCAGCAAACGAGAGAAAAAAGUAUUUCUGACGCGCGACAAGUUAGAUGAGUCGCUUGUGGAAGCUCAACAUAUCUGCUUGAAGCAAUGCAAUCUCAAAUUAAAAUGUGGGAGACAUUUUUGUCAAAGAAAAUGUCAUCCUGGGAGCUGCCCUCCAUGUCUUGAAAGUGAUUCAAAUGAUCUAGUCUGUCCUUGUGGAAAAACAGUGGUCCCUGCCCCCGUACGUUGUGGCACCUCCCUUCCGCGCUGCUUGCACCCUUGCAUAAAAACCCUUCAAGGGCCCCUGGAAUGCGGUCAUCCACCGAUGCCUCACCCUUGUCAUCCGCUAAACGAAGCAUGUCCAUCAUGUACAGCACCUGUCUUCAAAAAGUGUAAGUGCGGAAAGAACGAUAAAGUUCGAACUUUGUGCUUUCAAAAUAACGUCUCCUGUGGCCGCGUCUGUGGCAAAAAAUUGCCCAGCUGUUCCCAUACUUGUCAACGAACUUGCCAUGAAGAUGGAGACUGUCAGCUUGAAUGUAAGCAGGUAUGUGGCGCAAUUAAACCAGCAUGUGGCCAUCGGUGCAGGUUUAAGUGUCACCCUGGUGCUCCAUGCCCAGACGGGCCAUGUUCGGCUAAUAUCACGAUUACCUGUCCCUGUGAACGCCGAACUGCAGUGGUGCCAUGUGGGGCUCACACUGGCGAAGGGCCUGUAAUUGAACGUACUUUGAGCUGUACCGACGAAUGUGAAAUUGCUCGAAGACAUGCAGAAUUAAUGGAAGCCUUCGGUAUCAAAGGUGAAGAGUCUCAAGAACAAGAUAAAUUGGAAAAUUUUGAGACCUUAGCUGAAAAGGUAUCGACGUUUCAGGAACUGAUGCUGCCAUUUAGCGAAGCAUCAAUAUCGAUUUACGCGAAGCAAAUUACCUGGUGUAAUCAGAUUGAAGGCAUUCUGAAAAGACUGAUAGAUGACAAAAGCAAGUCAAGUUUACACUUCAAACCCAUGAGACCACCUCAGCGUCAUUUUAUUCAUGAACUUGCGCAAGCUUACAGUCUGUAUUGUGAGUCUCAGGAUCAAGAACCUAAGAGAUCGUGUUUUGUGAAAAAAACUGCUAACUCCGCGAACCCUUCGCUGUCGUUACAAGAAGCUUUGCCCUUGUACCAAUUAUUUAAAGCUUCUCAGAAGGAACGCAAGCUGAAAGAAUUGGAAAGAUCCACAACAACAAGACUCUUCAAUUAUUCUGUUAACGAAGAUGCACUAAACUUACCGGUAGCAAAAGUCAAUGGUCUAUUGGUAGAAGAGGUUUUUCCUGGGGUUGACGAAAAGGCCAUCGAGAUUCAGUUUCAGGAAAUCUUGAAGCACACGCUACUUAAAGAGCCACGUUACACAAGAUUAAGCUCGGGCGAUAUUUUAAUUUGUACCGAAAAUUACGAGCAAGCUAGUGUAAAUGUUGAAUCUGAUAUCAACCGCAUAGUUGGUCAUUUGAAUCUUUUUGCCAAGGACCAUUUUCUCGCUGAAGUUGUCAAACCUUGUCAAGUUGCCCAAGUACUUGAAUCCCAGGUUUCUGCGAGCAGUAACCCUGAUGUGGACUAA